ACUUGACAUAAACGUCUCCAAUGUUUUCCGGGGUCAUGGAAAAAUUCAUCAAAUGAAAAUCUAGAAUGAUGUGAAUCGUUUACAUUUCGUCAAAAUUGUCAGUCAAAUGUCGUACAAAUUUCGUUUCAUAUGACCAAAUUUCUGUAAUGUAUUCCAUAAUAAGAAAUGUAAAUCAAUUAAGAUUACCAUUGCACAUUGCCAAGAAUACCCUACCUUCAGUAUGCACACUUCACCACAUGGUCAGAUUCAAGCACGCCGAAACGAAAUCUAAUCAGUUAAAUGUUGCUGCAUUGCAAAGCAUACAUAAGAAUCAUUUCAAGCCAAUAUGCUCUAAGUAUUUAGACAACCUACGCCAAACAAGAGGUUUCUGCAGAAGACACCCAGGAGUAACUAGUCCACCUAUAAUCACUUAUAAGACACACCUAAAGUAUCACAGCUUUUUUGACCUCAGUCGCAAAAAGAAAAAGAGGCAACUAAAAGAACCAAGAACCGCCAAGGACACUGUUGAGGAGCGCGACUGUAUCAACGAGGAGCGUAAACCAAAAGUAAAAAGAGGGAGAUCAGAAAGUAAUGUUGAAACUGUGUCAUCCACCAUCAAACUCACAAAUAAUGUAACUGAAAUCAAAAAGAAGAAAAAUUUGAUCAGAAUGCAUGGCAUCAACAAGAUAAGUAAUUUCAUAUUCAAACAGCUGGAUUGCAGGUUCUGUAUGGAGGGCAAAGGGAAACCAAAUGCAGGUCAGGGUGGGCCUUCAAUGCAGAAGCGAGCUUACUCAUCAGCCACUAGAACUGUAUUUGGUUCCAAGUUCGAGACGAAAAAGGAAAAGUUCAAGAAGAACUCUUACGAAUCUGCUGAAUAUUUAGCACCACAAGAAAAGCAAGAUACAAUGACUGUUACCACGAUAAGGCCAAGGGAAUAUACAUUAACACAAAGCUCGAUGGCCAAUCAAGAACGUGAAAAACGUCUUCCAUUAGAUCAGUCAAAUAUUACAUCAAAAGUAAUGACAAGUGAACCUUCAGUGCAGAUGCGAGAGUACUCUACCAAAGAAGUUGAUUCCAAGUUUGAGGUAAAAAAGAACAAAUUCAAAAAGAACUCUUAUGAACUCCUGAAGGAUUCUCAAGAGCGAGAUACAUCAAUAGAAGUUACGCCAAUAAAGCGUAUGAACUAUAAAGAGCUAAUGCUCACACAGAACUCGUUGAUCAAGAAAGAGCACGGUACCCGUUUGACAAAAUUGCUUCAAAAGAACAAUAAUUAUUCAGGUGACAAGAAGGCAGUUUCUCUAAAAUACGAUGUCAACACCAGUAACGUUAUUCUAACAGGGAAGCAUUCCCAGAAAUUAGUAACCUUCAAAUAUGUAGACAGACACAGCCAUGCGAUGAGAAGCAAGUCUCUGGACGAUUUGUUCUGCAGGAAAGAAAUUGUUGAAGGAAGUAAAGGAGAUAUAGACCCGCGAAUGAUAUCUGAAGUUGUAAAAGCGUCAAAGACAAACAAAGAUUCUAAAUCUGCUUUAGCGAACACUAUAGGUACCAUGUUGAAACCUUUGCUCGAAAAGGAGUAUUUGAAGUACAUGGAAGUUCACAAAGCUGUUGAACAACUAGAGAACACAUUGAAGAUAUACCUUGGUGACCACCUGUCUGAUCGCAAAGAUCGUAGGCCUCCAAUCGUGAAAAGGGAGAUUAAAGAUCCUCUCGAGAAAAUCGAGAUUGCAGAUCCUAAGGCAACUUACAGCAAAAUGGAUCCGGUCACAGAAAAUGAGAUGAAAGCACCAUCUGCUAGAAAAGAACAAAUCAAGGAACCAUGGAACGAUGAAUUCGUAAUCUUGUCGAUGUCCAAGAAAAAAGGAAAGAAGAAGAAAAAGAAGGCGGGCAGUAAGAGCAGCAAAUCGGGUGGAAGUGGAGGAAAUAAAGAUGAACCUAGUACGAAAAAAGAAGUACCCAGCAAAAAAAAGGAAGAGCUCCCUAAGAAAGCUGAGAAACCCAAGGAGUGUAAGACGGAAGAUUCUUAUAAAAAGAAGGAAGAUUCCUGCAAGAAGGAAGAUGCAAGAAAGAAUGAACUUCCUUCCAAGAACGAAAUAGAGAACCUUUGCAAAGACCUCAGUAAGAAGAAUUCUGAAAAGAGGGAAGAGGAGCUUUAUAAGCAAACUGAUUCCAAGAAAAAAGAUACAGCCUGCAAUGGUAUCCCGAAGAAAGAAGCAUCUAGCAAGAAGGAAGCAGUAGUUUCUUGUAAGAAGGAUGACUGCCCAUCGCCUCCUAUGAAGGAAGAUAAAUGCAACUGUUUUCCAAAUUCAAAGGCUGAUCCUCCAUGUAGUUCAGUAUCUGGUCUUCCGUCUCCUUUCAAAGUGGCUGAACCCAUGAAAACCGAACCAUUCCCGAAGCUUCUCGAUCCACCAAAACCUCUUUGUCCUGAUGAAGCACCCUUCAAACCACCUCCAUGUAAGGACUUGAGUAAGGAAACCAUAGUCCUUGUUAGCAGGAAGGAUCCCAUCAAACCUGCACCACCGAAAAGUCCCCCUCCAUCAGUACCAGAUCCUUGUAAGCUGCCAUGUCCCUCGCAAUUCCAACCACCAAGAUCCAUGGGACCUGCGGAGAUCACUUGUCCGAAGACGGAAAGUUUACCCAAGCGUUCUUGUUGUGAUGGUGAACCAAAACCAUGUCAAACUCAAGUCCCCAAUGUACAAGCUGGGGAGGUAAAGUGCAAUAAGUGUGGCGGGGAAGAGUUGAUCAAGAGGAAGACUGCGGAGGCCAAGGGAAUCGGGGCCGAUUACUGCAAGCAAGUUCCCAUGCCAGAAGAUUGUCCUAUGAAAAUUGAUUGCUCGGCGAAAAAGCCUCAUGAAAUGUCUCAAUCAACUUGCCAAAUGCAACGUUCCUGUUCAAGACCAAGCAUGGAACCAAAGGGUCCACCGAACCAAAGCUUGAUCCCACCGCCAAAUCCAACACCUACUGGAGCGGAGGGUAGAUUUAAAGGAAGGGUGACUGAAAUACCGGCAGGACAAUGUUCAAAGCAAAAAUCGUGCAGGUCAGCCUUACCAUUACCUCGGAAUGAAAUUUUUGAUGCACCUCCUUCACCUCUUGGUGAUCUGCCUAACAAAUCUGAACCACAAGCUAAUACCCCAUGUUUAUCAAGCAAAGCUAAUUUGAAGAAAGUUGCACCCAACCCUGUAUGCGUACCGUCAAAGACCGAUCUGCGAUACUGCAAGAAGAAACCGGUACCAAAAGAGGAUCUGAACGUCGAUGAACUAAAACCCCACCCGUCUCCUAUACCACCAUCUAAAGUUAAAGAAGAAGCGCCCUGUAUACCCUUGAAUAAAGGUCCCCAACAAGCGCUGAAGAAAGAUUGGGCUCCGGUGCGUAUAGGAACGAAGCAUCCUAAAGCUAAAAUUGUGAGGCCGGUCUGUCGACCACAAAGUUCUCCUCCAGGCUUAGGUCGAAGCAGCCCUCCUAAGCCAGAAAAGAAAAUAAAGCUAAGCGCUGAGCCUCCCAAGCCGCCAGAACAGAAAAAGGGAAUUUUAGACAGCUGUAAGGGUAUUAUAAAUAGUGUAUGCAGCGUAUUUUGCCCAGGAAAGGGCGGCAAUUCACGGAAGAAAGCAUCAGCUGGUACAAACCUUGCUAUUUCAAGAUCGUUGCCUGAAUUCAGAAGCGCAGAUUCUCCAGGAUGCCAAUUCGGUCUCUCAGGAGAGGGCACUGGAUCAGGUCGUGGUAGUGGUAAGUCGAAAAAGAAGUCCGCUGGUUUCUUAUUCUUGGAGGAAGAUUCUACGUUCAAAUCCACAGACGAUGGAACGAGUAACAAGGAAGGCAUCAAAAAUGAAACGAUAAAACAUUCUACACAUUCAGAGAAACACAUACAAAAAGAUAAUGCCGCCUUUAUAGGAAGAAAAUCCAACAAAAGGCAAAGACACAAACCAAUGCCAAGGUUGACUUUCAAAAUGAUUGAUCACGUCAGCCUAUGUAGCGCAGGGCGUAAACGAAAAAAUACUUUGAGGAUUCGGCCAAAACCAUUAACACCCCCACCACAAGAUAUGCACUCCACCAGAUCCUUUGCUAAGAAAGCUAACAGUAGUAACGCAAAGAAAGAGGAUCCUUGCAAGGAAAAAGGAGGUGAUUCAGAAAAGGUAAAAUGGAGCCAAUUUGAAGGCUGCAAAACAGGUAUGGAAGGCUCUAGUAGAGAAAAGGAGGAACCAAGUAAGAAGGAGGAAGAUCCCUGCAAGACAAAAGGAGAUUCUAAUAAAGGCCAAGGCCAAGAUUCAGAAAAGGUAAAAUGGAACCAUUUUGGAGGCUGCAAAACAGGUACGGAAGGAUCUCGUAGAGAAAAGAAGGACCUAAGUAAGAAAAAGGAAGAUCCCUGCAAAUCAAAAGGAGAUUCUAUUAAGGGCCAAGGACAAGGUUCCGAAAAGGUAAAAUGGAAUCAAUUUAAAGGAUGUGGUAAAACAGAGCAGGGCGAUUCUGGUAAAGACAGUAAACAACAUCCUUCAAAGACAGAAGAUCUUGGCAGAAAUAAUGAGAAUUCAUGCGAGGACCAAAAGACAAAAGAUGCAUUCAAGAAAGAAGCUGCUGCUCAGAAAAACGGUCCAUCUGGGGGCACUGGCGAUAAGACUGAGCCUGCAUAUCAGACAUGCAAAAAUGAGCAAAAGAGAAAACCGUGCGGACCUAAGAAGAUAGUCAACAUCAGAAAUAGAUAUCCAUGGAAAAAGGAAACCCAGGAAGCAAUGCAAAAGGUAUGCGUCAAUCAAAGUUAUCUAACAAAAAUGUCGGAAAAGAACGAAAUAUGCGAUAAAAGGAAAGGACCACCUAGGUUGGAGGAGAAAAAGUCAGAGCAUUGUUUCAGAGGAGGUUCAGCACCUAAAAAGGCAGAUCCUUGCAAGAAAAAACCGCAAUCACCUAAGAAAAAGGACGAUCGCCGCAGAAAGAAGAGCAUUUAUCAAUUGGAAGAGAAGUCCCCAGAUUGUUUAUUGAAGUCUGGUUCAGCACCUAAAAAGGCAGAACCUUGCAAGAAAAAACCGGAACCACCCAAGAAAGAGGAGGAUCCCUGCAAAAAGAAGAGCGCUAGUCAGUUGAAUGAGAAACCCUCACAAUCAGAUUGCUUUUUGAAGUCUGGUGAGAAAUUACGUAAUACUUACAAUAAUAGUUCAAUGGAAGCGUAGUUGCUAGCGGGUCUGAAGAUUCGAUUUUAUAUCAUUUAAGAGAUCGUUCUCACUGGAAGCUGGCAAUCGCAAUCCGACUCUGCACAUGUAUUCAAUUAUAGAAGUUCACACCAAAAAGACGACAACGCAAUCAGUUGCUGACUCUGCCGUCGUCAGUUGCCUUAGAGGUAGUCAAAAAUGUCAUCUGUGGAUUGUCUUUUCGAACAAUCGAAAAAAUAUUGGCAAUCGAAAAGUUCUUCACCAUGGCCUUUUUAUUUGCUUUGAAGUGUGAGAGCCUUCCACCAGAAGAGCUACAGUUGAUACAAGAAGUGUGACAAAGAAAUUUAAUAGUGUAGAAGGAACACCAGAUUCAAGAAAGAUGUUCGCAUAAAAGAUGUUACUUGCAUACUCUGAUUUUGGUGUCACCACCUAUUCACUAAUUAUCCAGUCGAUUGUCAUAGGCGGCUGCAGAUUUUUAUUUCGAACGGGUGCCCAGAAAAAUAUAUGGUUGUAUUCCCUAAGAAAUCUACCUUCCCAUAUCGAUAAUAUGAUAUAUAUUAAAUACUAAGUAAACUUACCGUAGACAAUUUCUCCAUAAAAACACAUCACACGUUUUUUUUCUUGCGUGACUGGAAAUCUUACCAACGCGCCUUUUUUUUGACACGCUGACACCUGAGAAAGUACUUUGCCAUCGACCCUGGAAUCCAUUUUACCACAUCUCAAUACAGAUGGUUACCUAAAACAGGGCACUACUCGAUUGUAGAGUUUUUUUUUAAACGAGCUCCUCUUCAUUUUGAUGCGACAGACAUUCACUUUACUAAUUCCGCAUACAGUGCCCUCUAGGUGGAAGUAAUGUUAUCAAUAGAUCAAUUAUGCGUUUUCGUAACUGUGAACAAAAUGAUUUUACCUCGAAUAUCCAAACCAAUUUUCCUCCAAAAGGAAUAGUAGUCUGAUAAAAGUUACUCGAGAGGCGAUUCAUAUAAACUUGAAUACCAUACACAAAAAUGCAACUAGUGUUCCAAGAAGUCAGGAGAGUAAAAAAUAAUUUUCAUCUUGUCGAGAAUCAAAAACUUCAAUCAAUUUAGUAAAUUUUUGUAUGUAUUGUUUAUAUGAUCUUUUCGUUAUUUUUUAUGUUCUGUAUCUCGUAGACAUACUGCCUGAAUCACUCUGUAUAUUACAACGUUUUGUUACAGGUCAACCAGCUUAACACAAUAUUUGAUUUUCUAUACUACUAUUUGUAUUAAAAUUUUUGAAUGUCAUAGGUUCAGCGAAUAAAAAAGACCCUUCUACACCUAAAAAGGCAGAACCUUGCACAAAGGUACCGGAACCACCAAAGGAAAAGGAGGAUCCCUGCAAGAAGAAGAGCGAUACUAAGUUAAGAGAGAAGUCCUCAGAUUGUUCAUUGAAGUCUGGUGAGAUAUCAUGCAAUAUUAACAAUAAUUUCAUCUGUGGAUGGAAUUAGGACAUUUCAGCUGGAGUUCCGGGCACAUCCUCAAAAAAAUGUAUACUUCUCUAAGGUGGAUCAGUUGAAACAACAUUAUUGAAAGUCUUUCAGGACAACCAAAGAAAAAGGAUCCUUGCGACGAUUUCAACAAAAAACAAGCUCAAAAGAAAAAAGAUCCUUGUGUAAAGAAAGACGAAGAUCCUCACAAGAAGAAAAAAGAUCCUUGCGCGGAUUUCAAUAAAAAACAAGCGCAGAAGAAAAAAGAUCCUUGUGAAAAGAAAGAGGAAAAUCCUUGCAAAAAGAAAAAGGAUCCUUGCGAGGAUUUCAACAAAAAGCAAGCUCAGAAGAAAGAAGAUCCUUGUGAAAAGAAAGACGAUCCUUGCAAGAAGAAAGAGGAUCCUUGCGAGGAUUUCAACAAAAAGCAAGUACAAAAGAAAAAAGAUCCUUGUGAAAAGAAAGAAAAAGAUCCGUGCAAGGAGAAAAAGGAUCUAUGCGAGAACAUCAACAAAAAGCGAGCACAAAAAGGCGAUAAGGAUCCAUGCAAAUCUUCAAGUACGGAGGACAAAGGAACAGGUAGAUGUGUGGAAAUUGCCUUGUCAGGCAACAGAGUAAACAAAGAGAAUAUUAAGAGCUGUCAAAGGGAAAUUGACUCAACGAAGGAUUCAAAGGCAGUUUGCUGUCAGUCAGUGAAUGCAGAACAUGGUGAACGGCUUGACUGCCAGAAAUGUCCAGGUGGUAUAGAACCUGUAAAGAGUGAAAGAGUACUGAAGUGUAAAAUCAUGAAAGAUAAGUUUAAUCAGGAUAUACUCAUCUGUAAAGAAAUCACCAACAAUAUGAUAAAAGAUGCUACUAUGACUGCUGAUGAAGAAAGAGCUGAAUUAAACAGCAUCCUGGCUAAGAGAACUCGCAAACUAGCUGAAGCUGAAGGACUAGUGGUUCGUAAUGAUGAGGGCAAGUUGGUUUGCACGAAGAAACCAGGUGCUGAUGUGACGGUGUGCAGGGUUAUCAAGGUGAAAGAGAUCAUAAUAGAAGAGCCCACCAAAGCCCACGGAAAAACAGAAAAAAAGUGCACAUACAAAGACUUACUCAAAAAACAAAAGGAUGUCGUGGAAGAGCAGAACAGGCAAAUACUGAAAAAUGCAAGAAAGUGAGUGAAUUGGUAGAUAUUCGGAUCUUCGAGUACAUGAAGUAAUUAGAAAAUGCAUCCAAAAAUCUACUGAAAUAGCAAGUAUGAAAAGGCUGGACUUCAAAUUGGCAAUUGAAAAGUGAUCAAAUUGAACAGAGUUGGUCAUCCUUUGAUACAUAAAUUUGUCGUUUGUUUCGAGUGAUCCCCGUCCUUGAACUGGUGCGUCUACAAGUAAGACACAACCAACUAAACAAAAUCGAAGAAAUACUUCACCAAAAUUGUAUUGCCAUAUCAAACUGAAAUAAAAAAAAAUUCAAGAACA